AUGGCUUCCAGCAAGGACACGCAAACUGGCCAAGUCCUCGUAAACGAGGACACUUCUAUUGAUGCUCCUGAUGGCAGAGUAACCACUGGAUCCGAAAAUAGUGACUACAAUGAAUCCGAAGAUUAUGAUUACGAUCCCACAGCUAAGAACGAUCAAGACAAUGAUAAUGAUAACGGUGAUUCGGACGAUGACCAAGACUUUCAACAAGAGUCCAAUUUCGAUAAGCUAGGUUUAUCUGCAGGCGGUCUUAUCAAGACACGAAGGCAAAGAGAAGCCGAAAAACACGAAAAACAAGAGAAAAGAGCCGUCCGUGCUCUUACUCCAUCUGUUGAUAUAGACUCGGUAUGGGAACAAUUGAGAAAGGACAGUAAAAACACAAAAAAAAAGCAAUCGCCACUCAGUACUGCUGAUGAUGACAAGGCUGAUGAUUCCAGCUCUAACAGCCCUGAUGAGAUGAUUACAAUUGAAACAUCGUACGAGUUUGCAGGAAAGACGAUUUUUCAGACCAAGAAAGUUCAUGUCAACUCGGCAGAGGCAAAAGCAUACUUGAACUCUGUAAAGCUCAAAAAUGUCCCUUCAAAGCCAAUUCACAGAUCGCAUUACAAUCCAUCGCAAAUACUAUCCGAUGGCAAAGUAGUUAAAAGAAUGAUUAGGAGGAAACGACCUUCUCUGAUAGACAAGAUCAUCAGUGACCCUACUGCCUCCAAGCUUUCCACUUUAGAAAAAUCAAGAUUGGAUUGGGCCCGCUACGUCGAUAAGCAUGGUAUUGAUGCUCAGCUUAAAACCCACAAUAAGGGUGGCUACUUGGAAAAACAAGACUUCCUUGCAAGAGUUGAUCAAAAUAAGGAUAAGAAUUACAGAGAAGCCAAAACGGCAAGUGCAAAAGAUUAA